AUGGACUGGCUGCGGCUGCGGCUGGCCAGGCUGGAGCUAGACCAACGCGUGACGCGGGAGCGCGACAGCCUGCGGCGACCGGCGGCGCUCGCCUACCAACCAGAGACCGGGCUCUACUACGACCACGACUCCGGCUACUACUGGGACCCGGGUCGCCAGAUGUACUACGACGGCACCUCGGGCUACUACCUCAGGUCAGUGCGCCUCCGCGGAGGCUGGUGCCUGUUCCACGGCAACGCUUCCAGCCGCUGCCUAGCUCAGGAGCUGGAGGAGGGCGAGAUUGAGGACGAUGCGGAGGCCGAGGAGGGGACAGGAGCCGCCAGCCGGGCCGUGCUGGAGUACUGGACGGCGGAGAGGAUGCGGCGGGCGCGACCGACGUCCCCGCCAGACUACUCUGCCUACGGGAGCGGGCCGAGGUCGCCGCAGGCCGUCCGCGACCCGCCCUGGCUGAGGAUGAUCGUCACGGAGACGCAGGUGGACGGCCUGCGGGUGGGCUCGCUACACGUGGCCACCAUGGACGGACUGACGGUGGGCCGCGACCCCUCGCAGCAGCGGCAGGCUCAGCUGUCGGCCGAGGCUGCCGCCCACGGCGACGUCCUCCAGGAGGACUUCCCCGACCACUACAACAACCUCACCAUCAAGACGGUCUUCAUGCUCAAGUGGCUGACGCACCGCUGUCCGUCGGUGCCGUUCGUCCUUAAAGCCGACGACGACAUGUGGGUGGACAUGCCGGCGCUGCUGCAGUACUUGCGUGACUGCCGGCUGCCGGGCGGCGCCUGCGCCGAUGACGCCGCCCUUAUGGCUGGCCUGUUGUAUCACCAAGCGCCGACCGACCGUACGCCCGGCUCCAAGUGGUACCUGCCGCCGGCGCUGCGUGCAGAGGAGCCGCUCCCCGACUACAUCUCCGGCACGGCGUACCUGCUGACCGGCUCGGCGGUGGCGCCGCUCUGGUGGCGGGCUCUCGAAACGCCGUUCAUCAACCUGGAGGACGUGUUCCUGAGCGGGCUGGUGGCGCCGCGCGCCGGCGUGCGCCUGCAGCGCGCGCCGGGCUUCGAGAAGACUCGGCCGCUGUGGCAGCACCCGUGCACGUGUCGCCACCACCUGACCGUGCACGGCCUGGCGCCGGCCGUCAUAGAGCGGCUGUACCGCGAGCGCCGGCGGCCCUGCGGCGGCCUUCUCUGGAGCCUCGUCAACCUGGUGAUGAUCUGGGUCACAUGAGCGACGCCGGCCGGCCAGACCAGCUGGGGGCGCUGUCAGGCGGUUGGGCGUGACGUCAGCUCCGCCUCCUGCCAGCGCUGACGGAGCGGCACCUGCUGACGUCAUCUUGCUGUUGGCCGCCAUGUUGUGGGACGUUCUUGCCUGUAGGGUCUCGUGGGGCAUUCCUGCCAGUGUUCUGAGCUGUUGACUCGCAUUGGAUGUAUCAGAACCCGAGCUGUUGUACUCAAUUUUGCUGGGACUCAAGUGCCAACUAGUCUCGACGCCAGCUCUCAGGGAACGUCUGCACCUGGCGUGGGGACGAGUGCACACCGCAUUUAGCACAGUUACUCCUUCACUCGCUGAGACCAGCUCCGCUCCAGACGCCGCGCGUGGAGGUGGAUCUCUGGAUGUUGCGCUCCAGACGCGGGGGCACGUGGGUUGUGUUGAGCACUUGUCGGAUGAUUCCUCAGGACUAGCCUGCUUUCGAGGUCGUGGGGAAGGUAGCACGAAAUGUGUUGUCUCUAGUGACUGUUUUCAUGUUUGUGCACCUUGUUGCCAGUAUGUCUAGUCAACGUGGCACUGCGAUGCGGCAUGGUCUUAUACUGCCAUGUAAGUAGGCUUCUGCCGUAACAAAUGGCAGAAACUUGGCUGAUAUUACCUUCCUUUCCCGACCUUCCGUCUUUUUGACAUGCGGGAUGCUGCUGUCAUUGUCCAUUGUCCUUAGCUCACUUCCGUUCAUCACGGGUGUUUGUUGUAGAUGUUACUCCCUAGAUGGCGUUACGCUCGCAUCACGAGGGCCAUUAGCGUGACUUCGCCAAAAGGCCAGUCUUUUUCCUCGAGCGGUAUACAAGUUAUGAAUACAUCAAAAUACAAACACGUC